AUUUGAGUGACCAGUAAUACUCCACAAAAGCUAGAGAGAGAAACUGAGCAGUGCUGAGGGGGGGAGAGAAACAGAGAGAGAGAGAGGGAGAGAGAAUUCCACAUUCUCAAUCUCUCAUUAUUGUUUCUUUUAUUUAACUUCAUUUGUGAAUUUUUGAUUCGAAUUUGUAAAUUAUUGGUGUAAAUUAGAACUGGAUUGGAUGGCGGAGCAGAAAGGAAGGUGGAACUGGGAGGUGACGGGGUUUGAGCCGCCGAGGAAGUCACCGGAGCGGGAGGAUCAUUAUCAGAGACCUCCGCUGUUGGCUCGGAGGUACUCGAUUUCUACGUCUUCAUUUUCGACGCAUUCUGAGCUCUCCAAGCAUGCUCUCAGCUCCAAGCUUUUCAAACUGAAGGAUAAAGUCGAGCAUGUGAGAGAGGAUUACAUGGAGCUUAGACAAGAAGCCGUUGAUCUUCAAGAGUACUCAAAUGCAAAAAUGGAUCGCUUGAUGCGAUAUCUAGGUGUACUUGCUGAUAAAACUCGUAAACUAGAUCAGGCUGCGGUUGAAAUGGAAGCUAGAAUGUCUCCUCUGAUAUAUGAGAAGAAAAAAUUGUUUAAUGACUUAUUGACUGCUAAAGGAAGCAUUAAGGUAUAUUGUCGUGCAAGACCACUUUUUGAAGAUGAAGGUCCAUCAGUUGUUGAGUUUCCGGAUGACUGUACUGUUCGUGUCAAUACUGGUGAUGAUAACGUCUCCAAUCCAAAGAAGGAUUUUGAGUUUGACAGGGUUUAUGGUCCUCAUGUUGCACAAGCUGAACUUUUCGCUGAUGUUCAGCCAUUUGUGCAGUCGGCAUUUGAUGGGUAUAAUGUUUCUAUAUUUGCUUAUGGACAAACGCAGUCAGGAAAGACACAUACUAUGGAAGGAUCUAGCCAUGAUCGUGGCCUAUAUGCUCGAUGCUUUGAGGAGCUGUUUGAUUUAUCCAACUCAGAUACAACUUCUACCUCAAAAUUUAAUUUCUCUCUCACGGCUUUUGGGCUUUUCAAUGAACAGAUUAGAGAUUUGCUUUUGGAAUCUCAGAGUGGUCUUCCAAAGAUCCAGAUGGGCUCCACAGAUUAUGUUGCUGAACUUGUGCAGGAAAAAGUUGAGAAUCCAAUUGAUUUCACCCGAGUCCUCAAAGUGGCAUUGCAGAACCGAGGAACCGAUGUAUUAAAGUUUAACGUCUCUCAUCUGGUCAUCACUGUGCAUAUAUAUUAUGACAACUUGAUUACGGGUGAGAACUUAUAUAGCAAGCUUUCUCUUGUUGAUUUGGCUGGAAGUGCAAGUUCCAAUGUUGAAGAUGAUAGUGGAGAACGUGUGACAGACCUGCUGCAUGCCAUGAAAUCACUCUCCGCUUUGGGAGAUGUUUUGGCUUCUUUAACAUCCAAUAAGGAAACAGUUCCUUAUGGAAAUUCAGUGCUCACAAAAUUACUUGCAGAUUCACUAGGUGGAAGCUCGAAAAGCUUGGUAAUUGUUAACGUCUCUCCAAAUGCUGCAAAUUUGACUGAGACACUGUCAUCCCUUAACUUUGCUGCCAGAGCCCGAAACUCUAUUCUCAGCCUGGGAAAUCGAGAUACGAUUAAGAAAUGGAGGGAUAUUGCAAAUGAUGCACGUAAAGAAUUGUAUGAAAAAGAGACGGAGAUCAGCAACUUGAAGCAAGAUGUUUUGGGACUUAAACAAGCUCUAAAACAUGCAAAUGAUCAGUGCGUCCUUCUUUUUAAUGAAGUUCAGAAAGCUUGGAAAGUUUCUUUUACACUUCAAUCUGAUUUAAAGUCAGAGAAUAUUAUGCUUGCUGAUAAGCACAGAAUAGAGAAAGAGCAAAAUACCCAGCUUAGGAAUCAAGUUUCUCACUUGUUAGAGUUGGAGCAAGAUCAGAAGUUACAGAUACAGGAACGGGAUUCUACCAUUCAAAAUUUACAGGCCAAAAUAAAGAGCAUUGAGUCACAGCUGAAUGAAGCACUCCAUAACCGUGAGGCUAGGCCAACAAAUGGUGCAGAAUCAAAGUCCAACAUGCAAACAAGUCCCCAAAUGACUGGAGAGAAUAUGGAUUCUGCAGCUGUUACUAAAAGACUUGAAGAGGAACUUCUGAAACGGGAUGCACUUAUUGAGAGGUUGCAUGAAGAAAAUGAGAGACUUUUUGACAGAUUGACUGAAAAAUCGACUUCAGCUGGUUCACUGCAGGUUUCAAGCCCAUCCCCUGGAGGACAAGAGGUUACAUCUCGUGACAUGGCAAGAAAUGAUAAUAAUAAUGUUAAAGGGCGAUCUGUAGCUGUUCCUUCACCUUUGGCCUCAGAUAAGACUGAAGGCACAGUUGCUUUGGUUAAAUCAGGUGUUGAGAAAGUAAAGACCACGCCAGCUGGUGAAUAUCUUACUUCUGCUUUGAACGAUUUUGAUCCUGAACAGUAUGACAGUCUAGCUGCAAUUUCAGAUGGCGCAAAUAAACUUUUGAUGCUGGUUUUGGCUGCUGUCAUUAAAGCUGGCGCUUCUAGGGAGCAUGAAAUACUGGCAGAAAUACGAGAUGCUGUUUUUGGUUUUAUUCGUAAAAUGGAGCCAAAAAGGGUGAUGGACACCAUGCUGGUUUCUCGGGUUAGAAUUCUGUAUAUCAGAUCUCUGCUUGCUAGGUCACCUGAGCUGCAGUCUAUCAAGGUUCCACCAGUUGAGCGAUUUCUGGAGAAAGCAAAUAGUGGAAGAAGCAGAAGUUCUAGUCGUGGUAGCAGCCCUGGAAGAUCUCCCGUCCGAUAUGAUUCUGGUUCGAGGAAUGCUCUUGUAGAGGAUCAAAUUCAAGGGUUUAAAGUAAAUAUUAAGCCAGAAAAGAAGUCAAAAUUGUCAUCAGUAGUUUUGAAGAUACGCGGUAUUGAUCAGGAAACAUGGAGACAACAUGUAACUGGUGGAAAGCUGAGAGAAAUAACUGAAGAAGCCAAAAGUUUUGCUGUUGGAAAUAGGGCUCUUGCAGCGCUUUUUGUUCAUACUCCAGCUGGUGAGUUACAGCGUCAGAUCCGGAAUUGGCUAGCUGAAAACUUUGAUUUUCUCUCUGUGACUGAUGAUACGGUUGGAGGAGCAACUGGUCAGCUAGAGCUUCUUUCUACUGCAAUAAUGGAUGGUUGGAUGGCUGGACUUGGUGCUGCUCAACCUCCUAGUACUGAUGCUCUGGGGCAGCUCUUAUCUGAGUAUGCAAAACGAGUUUAUAAUUCUCAACUGCAGCAUUUGAAGGAUAUUGCUGGUACCUUGGCAACUGAAAUAGCAGAGGACUCUGCUCAAGUAGCUAAAUUGCGAUCAGCCCUAGAGUCCGUUGAUCACAAGAGAAGAAAGAUUUUGCAACAAAUGAGAAGUGACAUAGCAUUGCUGACUCUAGGGGACAGUGGUUCACCCAUCAGGAAUCCUUCAACUGCAGCUGAGGAUGCACGACUAGCUUCUUUAGUCUCCCUUGAUGGCAUACUGAAGCAAGUGAAGGAUAUAAUGAGGCAGUCUUCAGCAGGAAAACUGAGUAAGAGUAAGAAGAGAUCGAUGCUUUCAUCUUUGGAUGAACUUGCAGAUCGGAUGCCUUCUCUACUUGAUAUUGAUCAUCCUUGUGCGCGAAAACACAUUACAGAGGCUCGUAAAGCUGUAGAGUGUGUUGCUGAGGAGGAUGACCAGCUUCAUCAUGCGGCAAAUGCUUCAAAACUUUCAGCAGACAUGGGGUCUGCUGUUGAAACAGAUGUGGGACAGUGGAAUGUUUUGCAGUUCAACACGGGCUCAACAACCCCAUUCAUCAUAAAGUGUGGAGCUAACUCGAGUUCUGAAUUGGUGGUUAAAGCUGAUUCCCGGGUUCAAGAACCCAAGGGCAGCGAGAUAGUUAGAGUUGUUCCAAGACCAACUGUUUUAGAGAACAUGAGCUUGGAGGAAAUGAAAGAGUUAUUCGCUCAACUUCCCGAGUCUCUGAGCUUGCUUGCUCUUGCUAGGACAGCAGAUGGUACUCGAGCUCGGUAUUCUAGAUUGUACAGGACUUUAGCUAUGAAGGUUCCAGCUUUGAGGGACCUAGUAAACGAACUGGAGAAAGGGGGAGUGCUGAAGGAUGUAAAGUCCUGAUUAUCUUUGUGCUGCUGUCUUUUCACUGCAAAAUGAUUCUGAAGUUUGAAUUUUGAGUGGUAUUUAUUGGAUGACGUCAUUUAAGCCGGUGUUUUUGGUCUA